AGCUUGGAUUGACCCAACAGGUCCUGGACUUCCCUUGUGCUGUUCUCGUCGGGGCGUCCCAGCAACAUGCGAAGCGCACCACUCACGUUUGCAACAACCGCUCACAGGACCCCACGGACACUCGCAGAUUCCCCUCAUCGUUCCGGUGAAUCUUAGCGGCGGGGCUUUCUUUCCGUCGCCCGAGGAUGUGGGCCGCAGGACUCCCGGCCGCCGUGGUCGUGACCCUUCUCCUGGUCACCAUCGACGUGCAGGCCAGCGGGGAGUAUUGCCACGGGUGGCACGACGCCCAGGGAGCGUGGAAGGAAGGCUUCCAGUGCCCGGAGAAGAUAGACGGUGUGGACGCCAUCAUUUGCUGCGGGAAGUGUGAGCUGCGUUACUGCUGCUCCAGCACUGACGCGCGGCUGGACCAGGGCAGCUGCGACAACGACAGGAGGGCCCUGGAACCCGGGUCCGAGGGCAAGGAGACCAAGGACUCCGGUGCAGUUCCCAUCUACGUUCCCUUCCUCAUCGUGGGUUCCGUGUUCGUGGCCUUCAUCCUGGUGGGCUCGUUGGUGGCCAUGUGCUGCUGUCGCUGCCUGCGCCCAAAGCAGGAGCUUUCGUCGGCGACGGGCGGCGGCACGGGGGGUCUCCAGGGCCGCCUCCUGGAGACCAUCCCCAUGAUGUCCAGCGCCGGCACCUCCAGGGGCUCGUCAUCGCGUCAGUCCAGCACCGCCACGUCGUCCAGCUCCUCCGCCCCAUCCGCCAACACCCGGCCGGGGCCCCUGCCGCCCGGGCCCCUGGUCCGGGCGCAGGCCUCCUGCUGCCUGCCGCCCGACGCCAGCGUCUUCGUCAACAUGCCCACCAACUUCUCUGUUCUCAACUGCCAGCAGGCCACGCAGAUCAUGCCCCACCAGGGACAGUUCCUGCAUCCGCAGUACAUCGGCUACGCCCAUCCGGUGUCCCCCACAUUUCUGGACCCCAACCAAGGCGGGUAUAGACCCCUUCAGUCCCCUUGCCCUCCCGCUCAAACUGGAGGCUCCAGUGAGCAGAAAUACCCUCCGGUGACUGUGUGACGACCUGUCUCACUCUACCUGAGAGGGCUCUGGCGCGCCCCCCGGCCCGUUUGUAAGCCUCCUGAUGUUUGGUGUCGUGAAUGAGCCGAGCUCAGCUGACAAACGUGGGUUGCGAAAUACUUGCAAGAAUGAUACGUGUGUUUGUAGCGGUGAUGACUGGGUUGAUUUUUUUGCUGCGCGUUUGUAAGGUGCGAUGGCAAACACACGGUCUUUCCCUCCAGACUAUUUAAACGCUAAUGAAGUGAGCGCGGCGCACGGACCGUGACGCUCCGGAUUGUUUCUCCCGACGCCACCCCGGCGUGAGAAAGCGCCGACGUCAACCAAAGGAUGGCUAGGCGGCGCUUUGAAGACGAUACCCCCCCCCGCCCCCCCCACCCCUCCCAUGAGGUGUGUUACUCGAUUUAACACUCGCACAGUUCAGUGCAUCUGGCGAGAAAACAAGCAGUCGCCCGUUGCCUUCCAAAUGCAGGAAUGUGCAGUUGGUCUGCACAAUCUGCAGCAAUAUCGCUUGGGUCGUCGGCGGUGCACUACUACCAUUUUUUUUUUAAGACCAUGGAAUGAAAUAAAAGAAACAAGUCAUUUUCA